ACUCUGCGCGGCGGAGGAACGGCUUGCUGGUUCCUGCCUGACGUGUCCGGUCUGCAGAAGACGGUGGCGUUUCUGGCCGCCCAGGUCGGGGAGCUUGCCGAAGGGCUGCGGAGCUCGCCGCCCGCGCGCGGUGAGGGAAGCAUCGGACAUGAUGUUCGAAGACGAACUGAUCCUCUUGAAUCAGAGCAUAAAUGAAUUUGGAGAUAACUUAAGAAACGGCCUCAGUGGGAAUCCUAGCCAGAUUCUGGGGCUCAGAGAUGCUUUCAAGGACUCCCUUAGAGCGCUUUCAGAAAAGCUGUCUUUGAAACUGAAGGAAGAAGAAAAGAUGGUUGAGAUGUUUCUGGAAUAUCAAAACCAGCUCCGUAAGCAGAAUAAGCUCAUUGAAGAAAAGAAAGAUAACCUACUAAAGAUGAUCAGUGAAGUAAAAAACAAGAAGCAAGAAUUGGAAGGGCUGACAGCAAAUAUCCAGGACCUUAAGGAAGAAUAUUGUAGGAAGAAGGAAACAAUUUCCACUGCUAACAAAGCUAACGGAGAGAGAUUGAAACGGCUGCAGAUAUCCGCGGACAUGUAUAAAGAUCACCUUGAACUAGAAAUUAGAAAGAUUCAUGGUGAUAAAUUGCAGUUUAUAUUCACUGGUAUUGACCCUAAGAAGCCUGAGAGACCAUAUAUGUUUUCCCUAUGCCUAAAUGAAGCCAGGGAUUAUGAAGUGUCCGACUGUUCACCUCCUCUUGAGUGCAUAGCAGAAUUUCAGGAGAAGGUCAGGAAGACUAACAAUUUUUCAGCGUUUCUUGCUAAUGUUCGGAAAGCUUUUAUAGCUACGGUUCAUAAUUGAUGUAGAAAUAGUAGGUUUGUUCUGCUUUGUUAUUGUAUAUAUACCCUAAAAGAAUUUUUGUCUUUUGCCCCUCUGCUUCUUCAGUGUUUUGUGUGGUAUGAAGGAAACUAGAAUACAUCAUCCCAAAACAUGCCCUUUGACAUAACACUUGUGGGCUAAAACCAGUUAAACAGCAGCAGAGUUAGAAACGGCUGUGCCCUCCCUGAAUUUGCCUAAACACGGGACCUAAAAUGAUAAGGUAUCUAGCCUCAUACCCACAAAGAAAGAUGGAAGUUAACCGCAAAAGAGAUCGCUUACCUCUUCAGACAUGUCACCAGAGAGACGGACAAGCUAGCUUCAUUAACUUAUUCCUGUAAACUUAUUCUCCACAAUUCCGCAAACUUUGGAAGCCAGAAGUGCAACUUGUCAUGUUUGUCAGAUCUCACUGUUCUCUGUUGAAGAUGCUGCGCAAACGUGAGGCUGAACCUUUUUGGUAUUCUUCUAUUUGGGGUCUCCUGAAUAGUAUACAUGCGUGUGCUAAUAAACGU